AUAAAAUAAGGUACCCUGGUAACGGGUCUUUGAAGCUGCUAGCGUAAAUUUUGGCCACUUUCUCUAUUGGUACUCCUGUGACAAAUAACUAUAUGUUCUGUUGAUUACUGUGGCUAACAUUAUGUAGUCUUGAUUGCUUAAUUAGACUUGCUGCACAAUAUGCGUUUCGAGGCAAAACGCUGUGGAGUGCAGUUCAGCCCCCCCUCUAUAAUUUUAAUUUAUGAACACAAGGAAACCAGAACCAUGCGAAAAAGAAUAAUACCUGUGCGGAACUUCUCAAAACAUUCAGACUACAGCAUGGCUGCUGAAAGGCUGAAGAACCACCUUCGGCACAGGGACUACCUGGAGGGCGUGUCCCAGAGACAGCUGGAGAAGCUUCACAUCAUCCUGCGAGACCACAUGCAGGGCUUCAGCCUGGAGCGCAGCCUGGCCUUGUUCCGCCUGGACCCUGAUGAAGACCUGAACAAACUGGACGAGGAGGAGCUGGCUCGCAAAAAGGGCCAAAUGGACGAACUUUUUGAGAAGAACCGCCGGCACAAAGAUGAUCCUGACUUUGUUUAUGACCUGGAAGUGGAUUUCACCAAGUCCACUGCAGAGAAAUGCAGCUGGGAUGAGGGGUCUGAUGAUGGAUUUUAAAACGUUCUUUUAUUCUUAGUGUCAGUCUCCCCACAGUCAUAUCAAUUAUUCUGUAUUAUCCACAGUCCUUGCUGUCCGUAAUUUUAAUGAGAAGUGGUUUAUGCAGUUUUGUACUUUGUUGGGAAAUAUAUAACACACCAAGCAUUUAUUGUUGUAUCAGCAUAGAACUAGACAGCUCUCAGAAAACGCAAACCCACGUUAAGGCAGCUCACUUUCUCCAUAAUCCCCUUACACCUUAAAGCAAUAUUCUCAUGAGUUUGAUUCAUUAGGAUUCCUUGACCAUGAAAUACUACCCCUAGCGUUUGGAAUCACAUUAAUAUUAGUAGUUUGAAAGUUAUUUAAAAAAAACAAAACAAAUAAAACCUCAAUCUCACCAAUGGCAGUUUUCAUCAAAAUCGAGCUUGAUCACUUUUGAAGAAACAUAAAAUUUGCUGACACCCAACUGAAUCAGCAGAGUUCCAGCUAAAAUCUUUAUUGCAAGGCUGUAACAUUUUUUUUUUGUCUCAGUAGAAAUGUGACCACAACAUCCAUAAUAUUACUUGGAUCCAGAUCAUACUUUGGUGUUUGGUAGAUCUUAUGUGGAUGUUAUUAUCCAAGCAUUGUAGGCAUUGUGUAUGGAGUUAGAAGCAAAAAUUGGCCCCAUUUCACAAUGCUGAACAGUCUUUUAUCAAUCAUCUAUCUACAUGGUUAGAUACAGUGCCACUGGGUGAAAAUUUGUCAGUCAGAUGCACAAAUCCAACCACUCUUUGUGAAUCCUGUGGUCAAUUUCUACACAUAUCACUAGUUCCAUGUCAAACAGGAAUGAAUGAAAUAAUACAUGAAUGACAGUGAAUAUUUAUUUGUUAUAAAAUACUGAAUUUUACAAAAUACAAAGACUUUGGCUUUAAUUUGUGGCAUACAACUAAGUGAAUGGUAUUCACAGUUGAAUAUGAAAGAUGCUAAAAUCCUAUUAAAUAAAAUGUGUUCACCAA